AUGAGGAUGGCCGCGGUCAGCCUCGACUUCAGUGCACACAGUCUCAGUCCCCCAGUCGUGAAAGCUAUUGAUGAAGGGCAGUACACGGCCGACCAGAUCAAAACAUUGAUAAAGCAAAAGGAGAAAGUCAGUGAUAUCAUUUUAGGUGCGGCUGGUCGACCUCCUACUUCAUCGACUUCAACCACCACAUCGUCUUCGUCCGAAGGUACAUUCUCGAUCUUACCUCAGAGUACCACUUUCUCAACAAACUCAACCGCUUCCCUCGACGAAGAGAUCAAGGCAGCUUAUGACUGGAAAGAAUUACAGAAAGUGUGGAUGUCACAGCCGGCAAUGCCUCCUCCCGAUUGCCAGUACAAGGCACCUGUAUCAGGCACGCCUGAACCACCUGGUGGCCCGACGCUCCCGACGCUCCCGACGGACCAAAUUUGUGACUUCAAAGUCUGUCCCAACUGCCGCCCAACCUACCGCGAGCGCGCCUACCAGUCUCUUGACCACAUAUUGAGUGAUCCAGUACGGCUUCCACCAAUAUGGGAGCUUGAGAAUCGCAGAGUCUCUGAUGCUCGAAUCGUUGCACAAAUUGGACAGCCGGCACUUUCUCGAUUCUAUACUGUAGCCACUGCUGGCUCAUUCCGAUCAGAUAAGACCGUACUCGAGAUGGGCGGUGGACGUGAGGAUGCGUCAACACCAAGCCCACAAAUUGAUGAGAAUCAUUCUGUGCGUAGGCGAAGUGGUUUCCGGGACACCGUCAGGAAGGCUCUGGCAAGAGCUAAGCUUGAAGAUCUUCCGCCUCUACCGUCCACCAGUGACCCUGGACCUGGCCAGGACUCUAAUGUGGACAGAUCGCGACCAUCUCGCUCUCUUAUCUUCAGACGCGGGAGAUCCCGUCCCACCUUAUCCUUUGUCGAAGCACAUGGUCGAGUUGUCGACACCAGUUCACUGCAAGAUUCGGUCAUGUUGAUGUUGGCAACCAAUACUCCUUUGCCACAUACACCAACGAUCAGCAGCCAUCAGCUGAGCCAGUUGAUAGAACAACGCAGUGAGCCGAGCAACCUUGCGACUACGUUGCGGUCUCUGGGUCUUCUCACCCAUGUGUAA